AAUUGCGGAGCUGUAAUUGUCAUGACCGAGAGCAAAUUUGAUGCAUACUGUGAAGACGCGUUGCACUGGAGUAUGUUGGCACCCUGGUCAUUGUCCAAGGCAAAGAAGGGGGGGGCGCAGGGCGGGACGAUGGCACCGAGCGAUAUAUCUCCUCGGCUCUGCCACGGAGUGUUGGUGCGACGGCGAUUGGGCAGACUAUAAAGAUAGGACAUGCGAGGCAGAGGCAGAGAGUCGAGAGGGUGG